CUUUACAGUGUUGAGCCCCCUCCCUCUCCUGGCCUCCGCCUGCAGUUCGUCAGGCUGCAGGACCCAGACUCACUGAAAAGUGCAGGCCUCCUCCCCCCGCAGAAUGACUGUUGCCACAGCCGACCCCUCUGACGAGGCGGCGGCGCACCCGGGUCACCCGCAGGACUACGAUCCAGAGGCUGACCAUGAGUGUUGUGAGAGGGUGGUCAUCAACAUCUCAGGGCUGCGCUUUGAGACACAACUUAAAACUCUCUCCCAAUUUCCAGAGACUCUGCUGGGGGACCCCAAAAAGAGGAUGCGGUACUUUGACCCACUAAGGAACGAAUACUUUUUCGACAGAAACCGACCCAGCUUUGAUGCCAUAUUGUAUUAUUACCAAUCAGGAGGCCGACUAAGAAGGCCAGUCAAUGUCACCGUAGAUAUUUUCUCAGAGGAGAUUCGCUUUUACGAGCUGGGUGAGGAGGCAAUUGAGAUGUUCAGAGAAGAUGAGGGUUUCAUCAAGGAGGAGGAGCGGCCUCUUCCUGACAACGAGUUUCAGAGACAAGUAUGGCUACUGUUUGAGUACCCAGAGAGCUCAGGUCCAGCAAGGAUUAUUGCCAUAAUCUCUGUCAUGGUCAUCCUCAUAUCUAUAGUCAGCUUCUGCUUGGAGACGCUGCCCAUUUUCCGUAAUGAUGAAGAGGAAAUGCAUAAGUCUCAAGCAGAAGUCUUUUCGCCAGAGACCAACACCACAAUCAUCAGCUACACAGCCACCUACUUUACUGACCCCUUCUUUAUCCUAGAGACUCUUUGCAUUAUAUGGUUCUCCUUUGAGUUUCUAGUGCGCUUCUUUGCCUGCCCCAGCAAAGCAGGAUUUUUUGGUAAUAUAAUGAACAUUAUUGAUAUUGUUGCCAUCAUCCCUUACUUCAUCACUCUUGGCACAGAGCUAGCAGACAGACCAGAGGAUGGUCAAGCAGGUCAGCAAGCCAUGUCUUUAGCCAUUCUCAGGGUCAUCCGCUUGGUGCGAGUCUUCAGAAUAUUUAAGCUCUCUCGUCACUCUAAGGGGCUUCAGAUUUUGGGUCAGACCCUGAAAGCCAGCAUGAGAGAGCUUGGCCUCCUCAUUUUUUUCCUGUUCAUAGGAGUCAUCCUAUUCUCAAGCGCUGUCUACUUUGCUGAAGCAGAUGAGCCAGAGUCACAGUUUGAAAGCAUCCCAGAUGCGUUUUGGUGGGCUGUGGUCUCAAUGACAACAGUCGGCUACGGUGAUAUGGUCCCAACUACGAUUGGUGGCAAGAUUGUGGGCUCCCUCUGUGCCAUUGCAGGUGUGCUGACCAUUGCCUUGCCCGUGCCUGUCAUUGUGUCCAAUUUUAACUACUUCUAUCACCGUGAGACUGAAGGUGAAGAACAGGCGCAGUAUCUGCAGGUCAACGUGCCCAAAGCUGAUUCAGCGGAGGAGCUGAAAAAGAGUCGGAGUGGCUCCACCAUCAGUAAAUCGGACUACAUGGAGAUCCAGGAGGCUGUGAACAACAGCAACGAGGACUUUCAGGAGGAGAACCUAAAGACAGCCAACUGCACGCUGGCCAACACAAACUAUGUAAACAUCACCAAAAUGCUUACAGAUGUUUAGUCAUCUUAUAUUUUCCUCCCUGUCGCAGUGGGAAAUGUGGAGCUGAGCAUCUGGGUGGGACAGGCAUACAUCCUCCCAUCUUAUGUGAGCUGAAAAUAUCAAGGCAAUAGAAUUCAUGCUGUUGAUGAUUGACUGAAAAAUAUUGCAAAUACCAUUCACUCCUCCUGCGCCCAUCCUGUCCUUGUCCUUAAAACUCCUUAUUAAUCAGUGGAAAUCGAAAAUUUAGCAUUUCUGCAUGGAGUUGGCUUUUUUCUGUGUGGCUGUUUUGAAAAGUAAAUGAUAAGACCUACAAAUUUCCCACUCACAGUAGUAGUGCACAAAAAGAAAAGAAAGUGGAGAAAACACAGGGAGAAAAAAAUUGCUUUCAAAAUGAAAAAAAAAAAAAAAGUCACACAAGUCCCGCUAAAGUCCCCUGUCCCUUGAUCCCUCAUUUCCCAAGGCACACUGCUCUGCCAUGCGCUUCUGAAGAGCCCUACUUGUGCGCUACAUAUGCUGCUUCCUGGAGCCAGUGAAACAAAACUGUCCUAUGCUACACUAUUUAGAGAUAAAAAAGGACGUGUGAGCAUAAAGCAAGCCCACUCCAGCGCUGGCACGGCCUAUGGGUGACUUGUGACGAGGUUGGUGGUUAAGUACACCACAUAAUUUCAAGGAUGAAUGACAGCCAUCAGCACUAAGCUCAUGGUUUGACACCUUUGUUCCCAGUAGACAUCAGUAUCUGAUGAAUGACUGAGAAUGGCCUUGAAUUUUCACUGCUUUGGUCUUACAUGUACUGUACGUAUUGCAAUGCAAGCUUUCUCCCUCCAUUCACCCAAACUGGUCUUAUUGCAGAGCUUUGAGGACAACUUGAAUGUUUC